AUGAGUGUGGUCAUAGAAGAUAUUGCAUUACCAGACGCGACUCUCGAGUCUCUAUACCCCAUCUUCCAACAAUGCGAUGACCGUCCUACUAAGCGGCGCAAGACUACUAAAGGGAGAGCAAGGAGUCUGACAAAAGAAAAUGGGGUAACAGCAAUGGGAAUCCCUCUGGGCUACAUUCCAUUAGCACGAUUGACAAUGCGCAUAAAACCCUCGAACACGAGCACGCACCAAUUUAAAAAGCCGUACGACCCAAAUAUCUCCACCUCCCGCGUUCCUAUACUCCUAGAUGUUCGAAGCGUUCAUUUUCUCAACGACGAUCUGAACAACACGCCACAACCAGACUCGGCCAAUGGCGACCCCAGUCGUAUGGAACUGGAAAUAUCGAGUCUCGAUGAAGAAGAAUUGCUGAUAUAUCCGUGCGAGGAUUUGCGGCUGUUUGAUCUCCUUGGGCAACUUCUGGCCGCCAGUAAACUUCCUCACGUGGACCAGUUCUCCAAUAAUGUGCCCACAGCCUGCUACCAAGCGCACCUGUGUGCCUUGUCAGAUGGAGCAACUUUUGCUAUCGAGACGGUUGUUCUUUGGAGCGAUUCUAUCGAGACCCCAGAUUUAAACCGUUUGACGGAAGCAGACCUGGAAGCUUUUACAAGAUAUGUGCUGCAAGAAAAAUGUGUUCGCCCAUCGACAUUGACCGAACCACGCAAAUAUCGUAAUAAAAUGCUGGGAACCCCCCAAGAAUGGUCUCCCCGGGAUUUCUACAAGAAUGUUCACGUUCCCAAGCUCACAGACAGUUCGACGAAUAUCAAAUGCCCCGAUUUAAAAUGCAAGCUAUUCCCGUUUCAGAGAAGAGCCGUUCGUUGGCUUUUACAAAGAGAAGGAAGAGAGGUCGGGCCAAAUGGCGAGAUUAUGCCCAUGGAGGAACUCCCCAAAAGUGACCUUCCAGCUUCUUUCAAUUCCACUAAAGAUGCCGAUGGACGGACCUACUACUUCAGUCAUCUUUUCAUGAUUCUGACCACAGACCUUUCUGGGUGGCACGAUGCCGCAGAUAAUCUGAAAGGUGGAAUACUUGCAGAGGAAAUGGGGUUGGGCAAGACAGUCGAAGUGAUUGCGUUGAUAAACCUGAAUAAGCGAGAAUCACAGCCCGUCAAGGCUGAUCCUGACGGGUUGAGACCUACUGGCGCCACUUUGAUCAUUACACCACCCGCGAUUCUUGAGCAAUGGAAACAAGAGUUGAAAGAGCAUGCUCCCACUCUGCAUGUUUACCAUUACAAUGGCAUCAAACGUGGGAAAGAAACAACUGACGAGAUGACUGUCGAAGAGCUUGCCGAGUUCGAUGUAGUUCUGACCACCUACAAUGUCAUCGCGAAAGAAAUUCACUAUAUGGGUGCUACUCCGAAACGAUCUCUACGGCACGAAAAGCGAUUUUUACAGAAGAGGACACCACUCGUUCGCCUCUCAUGGUGGCGUGUAUGUCUGGAUGAAGCUCAGAUGAUAGAGAGUGGAGUCAGCAAUGCGGCGAAAGUAGCUCGCUUGAUCCCUCGAGAGAUUGCUUGGGUUGUAACCGGUACCCCACUGCGCAGAAACAUAGACGACCUGUUUGGCCUUCUUCUUUUCCUCCAUUAUGAGCCGUUCUGCUUUUCAGCCCCCUUGUGGAGAAGAUUGUGCCUGUGUUUUGGGUCAGUCCUUGCCAAAAUCAUAAACACAAUCGCUCUUCGGCACAGGAAAGGUCAGUUAUUGGAUGAGCUUCGCUUACCACCCCAAAAGCGCAUCGUUAUCACUACUCCCCUCACAGCUGUAGAAGAACAGAAGUACGCUCAGAUUUUCGAGGAAAUGUGUGAAGAAUGCGGGUUGAAUGCCUUAGGAGCCCCCCUUCGAGGCGACUGGGACCCCGAAGAUCCUGUAAUUGUCGAUAAAAUGCGUACUUGGUUGACGAGACUCCGCCAAACGUGCCUCCAUCCCGAACUCUUCAGCUAUCGCCGAAUCCUAGGUACAGGCUCUGGUCCUUUGCGGACUGUGGCCCAAGUCCUGGAAGCUAUGACCGAGGCCAACGAGGCAGCUAUACGUACAGAAGAACGGUCGCUCCUUUUAUCUCAACUUCGACGAGGCCAGCUUCUAGAAAAUGCAAAACGUCGCCAAGAAGCACUCGCUCUUUGGCAGAAAGCAUUGGAUCAUGCCACUCAGCUGGUUGAAAACAGCAGAGAGCAACUUCGCCUACUGAAUACCAAAGGCACUACCGGCGACAAUAACGAGGCUACUCCGGGACUCAUCGAUCUGGAUGGCGAGGAGGAUGAUGAGGAUGAAAAAGAGGAAGAGGCGGACAAUAACAGCCACCUCGGUCAGUGUCGGCUGAAGCUUCGAGCUGCACUCGAGGUCCAGCAUAUUGCAGUGUUCUUCACUGCGAACGCAUAUUACCAAAUCAAGAGCGACCCAAAUUUGACCCAGCCAGAUUCGGAUGAGUUCAAAGCGCUUGAGAAACGCGAAGAGGAUGCUUAUGAGGCUGCAAAAGUCAUUCGCAAAGAGAUGUUAACUGAUAUUUCCCGGAAAGUCGAGCGCCGCAUGAAAGAAAUAACGGUUAAGGCACGAGACAAAAAAUUCGCGGAGAUCCCGAAAAUGAAACCCCAUCUCUACAGCAAAGGAAUCGAGUCAUACAAUCUACUCAGAAAGUUUGAAGAUUUCUGCGACGCUCUUAACAAGAAUGCCGAGCAAUACCAGGAAUGGCGGGAUGUCAUGGCCAGACUGGUCUCUCAGUCACUCAUUGACCAGGAAGAAGAAGCAAAGUUGGAGGGUGACGAGUAUGAGCGGUCAACAAAACAUCAAGAUGAGAUGUAUGUCUACAUGGAGGCUUUGAGGGCAAUAUACAGCGACCGUCAUGAUGCUCUCACUGGUGAAAGGAACACUCUCAUUUCCCACGAAGUCAAAUCCGGAAUCGUCCAGGCCGAAAGAGGUGAGGGGCCCUCCCCACAACUAUUUCUCAAGGUUAUGGAAACUCGCAGUCGGUUUAUACCUGAUCCUGAUAUCGGAUCGCUCCGCAACAUUGUCAGUGAGCUUCGCAAACUUGUGACGUCGCUGGAGUGGCAAGCCGGCUUGGGUAAUUCGCGUGCUCGUGCUGAACAUGAGAUUGUCGAAAUGGUCUUGAAAAACGCCGGUCAAAUGAUCGCUGAGCAACUGAAAGUAUCGAACAAACUGAGCAAAGAAGUUCAAAUUUUCCGCGACGCCAUGAACAAUCGACUAGAGUAUUACCGUCACCUGCAGCAGAUUUCGGAUACAGUGGCUCCAUAUGACGAGGAAAAUGCAGGCAAGCCGCUAGAUGAAACCGCUUUUACCCUGACGCUGGAGCAAGAGGGAGUCAUUGAAGGAAAGAUUGCAUCUCUCAAGUCCAAAGCAAGAUAUCUCAUUCACCUAAGAGAUGAUGCUAGCUCCGACAGUAAUGCUCGAGAGUGCAUUGUCUGCGGCUCGACCUUCGAAGUUGGUGUGCUGACCGUGUGUGGUCACAAGUAUUGUACUGACUGUUUGCGGCUAUGGUGGGCUGCACACCAAAAUUGCCCAAUGUGUAAGAGGAAGUUGAAGCGUAAUGAUUUCCAUCAGAUCACAUACAAGCCACAGGAGCUAGUUGUUCAAGAGGAAAAGACACCUGUCAAAUUGGAACACGAAGGUCAUUCUCAGAAUGCGAUUUACAGUGAUAUCAGCUCCGGUGAUCUCAAUGCGAUUAAGAAAAUUGACUUGGAGCAAUCUUACGGGACAAAAAUUGACACUUUGGCCCGACACAUCCUAUGGCUACGGGAACACGAUCCUGGCGCAAAGUCGAUCAUUUUCUCUCAAUACGGAACCUUUCUGUCGCACUUACAGUUCGCAUUCAGAUCCCUUGGAAUAAUUGCCACCAGUAUUGACUCCCCGGAUGGCAUUGAGAAGUUCAAAACAGACCCGGCUAUUGAGUGCUUUUGUUUGCAUGGCAAAGCACAGUCAUCCGGACUGAAUUUGAUUGUUGCAACCCAUGUCUUUCUAUGUGAGCCUCUAAUCAACACAGCAAUCGAGCUCCAGGUCAUUGCCCGGGUGCAUCGUAUUGGGCAAAAUCGACCAACCACAGUAUGGAUGUACCUUGUCUCUGGCACGGUGGAAGAAUCCAUAUAUGAGAUCUCAGUAACCCGACGCCUAGCUCACAUCAUGGAGAAAGAGAAGCAAGCCAAAACAGCACUAUUGGAAACCCCUGUCAACGGCGAUGGUGUUACUGAAGAGGAUAUUGAAUCUGCCAACUCGAUGGAACUACAAGAUGCCACUCUUACAACCCUGAUGCAACGCGGCUCUGUGGGUGGAGAAGUAGUAAAGAAGGAUGACCUUUGGCAAUGUCUCUUCGGAAAUACCAAGCAGAAAAAUGGCGCUGACCUUUCAGCUGAGGCAGAAAGGGAGGUUGGUCGGUUCUUGAGAGGUGAAGCUGCUGAGCAAAGAAUGGAGGGUUGA